CCCUGCCUCUCUAAUGUUUAUUGAUUGGGUCUAUCUGACAGCGGUGAGGUUCAGAGUCGUUAUGGCGUCGCACCGAACGAGAAUGGUAUUUUUCAGCUGCCCCAUGUAUUGGAAUUUACCAGUCAUGUUCCACGUUCUUUUGGGGGUUUUGUAGUUAAAUAUAUACAUGCAAAUGAAGGAAGAAGAUAAUAUACCGGGCACGGUCAAUGGCACCGUCAUGGAGAGAAAAAAAGGUGGUGUCGAAGAUAGCAGGGGUUGUAUGGACACACUGGUCUACGAAGCGGGAUCAAAUCAAGCUGCAGGUCGUGGCGACCGCAAUGGUACAGGAAACCGUGUCGGAACGGGGAUACGCGUUCUAAAGCGAAACAUGAAGAGGAAUGGAAGCAGAGGCUGUGUUACCAGGAAGACUCGCUUUGGAUCGCGAGAGCGGGAUUGGCUGAAAGGGGAUGCCCAGCGAGGCUGUGUGUGUCUGUACGGGGGAACAGUUGACCCCCAGCCCCCAGCCUCGGGCCCACAGGCCUCCUCCACCCUCCAGGCAGACCUGCGGUUGGUGCUAUGCUCCACCACUACCACGGUGGAGGAGCUGUGUGCCCAGAGAGAAGUAGAGGGACUAUACUUGCAGCUCCAUGGAGACCUGCUCAGGAGGCUGGACCCCUCUGAGCGCCCUCUCCAGAUGGUGUAUGACUACCUGGCUGCUAUAGGCUACCAGGACCCUCUGCGGGUUCAGAGAGAGGCGGCUAACUCGGACCUCAGCUGCAUGAUCCGCUUCUACAGUGAGUGUCCAGUGAACGCGGACCAGCAGGAGCGAACCCUGCUGACCGGCGUGUUCAGCGUCAGGAAGGGAAAGACCCAGCUGCACAAGUGGGCAGAGCGCCAGGUCCUCCUGUGUGGCACCUGUCUGAUUGUGGCCUCCGUCAAAGACAGCCUGACGGGGAAGAUGCACAUUCUGCCCCUGGUGGGGGGAAAGGUGGAGGAGGUGAAGAGGAGACAGCACUGUCUGAUGUUCAGCUCAGCCGGACCUCAGGCCCAGACAUACUUUGUUAACUUCGACACAGUGGCAGACUAUCAGAGGUGGCAUCGGCAGGCUUCAAAAGUGGUUUCUCAGACCAUCAGCCUGGUGGAUCUGUCAUGCUACAGUCUGGAGGCGGUGCCAGAGUACCUGUUCUACAGCCAGGACCUCACCCAUCUCAACCUCCGACACAACUUCAUGUCCCUGCAGGGCCCCGGAGGACUGCUCAACCUCCCCAGGUUUUCCCAGCUGAAGAGCCUGAACCUUUCCCAUAACCGCCUGGGAGUGUUUCCAGAGUCUGUCUGUGAGAUCCUCACCCUGACAGAGCUCAACCUCUCCUGUAACGGCAUGAACUCUGUCCCCGCACAGAUAGGCAACCUCCAGAGUCUGCAGACCCUGUCUCUGGAUGGGAAUCAGUUGAGCUUUCUUCCUGAAGAGCUUGGCGGCCUAGCUCAGCUCAGCAGCCUGGGGCUUUCCUUCAACAACUUCCCCCACAUCCCUGGUGUGCUGGAUAGGCUGAGUGGCAUGGACAGGCUAGCCAUGGCUGGGAACAGGGUGGAGACUCUGGAGCUGGGGAUCCUUGCCAGAAUGAGCCACCUCAAGAACAUCGACCUGCGGCUGAACGGUCUGCGCUGGGUGAAGAGUGAGGCCCUGGAGGCAGUGAAGCAGGUGAUCCAGCUAGACCUGAGGGACAACCACUUGGCCACCCUGGACCUGAGCUCCAUCUGCAGCCUAGAAACGCUGCACUGUCAGAGAAACCAGCUGAGGGCGCUGACGCUGAGUGGCUUCACCCUGCGCACGCUCCACGCCAGCAGCAACCGCCUGACCACAGUCAACAUCUACCCAGUACCCAACCAGCUGACACAGAUGGACCUAUCACGGAACCUGCUGGAGUACCUUCCAGACUGGGUGUGUGACAGUAGGAAGGUGGAGGUGCUGGAUGUUACACACAACUUCCUGUCUGAACUACCAGCCAGACUGCUCAGCAGCCUGAGUCUGAGGAAGCUGCUGGCUGGGAACAAUAGGCUCCAGAGACUGCCUGACCUACUUGACCACGUCCCCCUGGAAGUACUCGACCUCCAGCACAACAAGCUAGGCGAGCUCCCGGAGAGCCUCUUCUACAAGGCCUUAAACCUAAAGUACCUGAACGUGUCAGCCAAUGCCCUGGAGAUAAUUCCCCCCAGCAGCCAAUCAGAAGAGAGCCUCAGCACUCUCCAGGAACUGUACCUGACGGGGAACAAACUGAAUGAGAACUGCGCUGCCCUGCUGGUGGGACACCAGAACCUCCGAGUCCUGCACAUGGCCUACAACCAGCUGCUCUCUUUCCCUGCCAGUAAACUGAGUAAACUGGAGCUGCUGGAGGAGCUGAAUCUGAGUGGCAACAAGCUGAAGACCAUCCCCUCCACUGUGUCCAGCUGUAAGAGGCUGCACACCCUCAUAGCACACUCCAACCACAUCAGUGUGUUCCCCGAGAUCCUCAACCUGCCAGAGAUCAAGCUGGUGGACUUGAGCUGUAAUGAGCUGACUGAGAUCCUACUGCCAGACUCUCUAACGGCCACCCUGCACGAACUGGACUUGACUGGCAACAGCAGCCUCUUGCUGGAGCACAAAACACUCAACCUGUUCAGUCACAUCACCACCCUGAAGCUGGACCAGAAGCCAGCCAUGACCACCGGGGACUCCCUGGGCUCCUCCACCCUGUGGAACCACGGCUACUCUGAGAUGAGCGGACAGAGGAACAAGUUGUGUGUGUCUGUGCUGGCAGUGGACCGCUUUGGGGAUAGUGUUGAGGCGGCCUAUGGCGUCUUCGACGGAGACCGCAAUGAGGAAGUUCCUCGUCUGCUGCAGUGCACCAUGGGAGAUGUGCUGUCGGAGGAGCUGCUGCAUUCCAGUGUGGACAGUGUGUACAUGAGUAACACCUUCCUCACCUCACACAGGAAACUGGGCAUGGCUGGUCAGAAGCUGGGUGCAUCUGCCCUGCUCUGCUACAUCCACCACGAGCCGUCGGAGCUGGGCAGCUACUUCAGCCUGACGGUGGCCAACGUGGGCAGCUGCCAGGCGGUGCUGUGUCGAGACGGCCAGCCCUUGCCCCUCUCCAAGGUCUUCAGCCUGGAGCAGAGCACCGAAGAGAUGGACAGGGUCAAACUCAGCAAGGCGAUCAUCACUGAGGAUAACAAGGUGAGUGGAGUGACAUGCUGCUCUCGCCUGCUGGGAUGCUCUUAUCUGUCUCCCUGGGUGCUGCCCAAGCCAUGGGUGCGCACCGAGCCCCUGUGUUCCCAAGAUGACUUCCUGAUCCUGGGGAACCGGGCGCUGUUUGAGCGGGUGUCCUACCAGGAGGCCGUGUGCACCGUGCAGGCCGUGAGGGACCCCCGCGCAGCUGCCAAGAAGCUCUGCACGCUGGCCCAGAGCUAUGGCUGCCGGGACAAUGUGGGGGCGGUGGUGGUGUCCCUGCACAUCGGGGAGGACAGCUGUACCUGUGAGACACCUCACGCCAAUACUGGUACUGAACCCCGGGGACCCCCUCCAACACCCCUCCCCGUCACUGCUCCCCCAGGGGACCUGGCCACGCCCUCCUCCAGCAGUGGCAUUGCCUCAGAGUUCAACAGCGAGACUUCGGCCUCGGAGGUGGGGAGUGAGGCGGGCUCCACGGCCUCUGACGAGCACCCCUCCACUGGCCCCACGGCCCGACCUGAGAGGCGCUGUAGCCUCCACCCUGCAGCCACGCUCUGUGCCCCUGUGGGACACGGCUCAGCUGGGGUAGGGGGGCCCCACCAAGUCCUGUUCCAGCGUCAGCCCUCCUGUGCCACCUUCUCCAGUAACCAGUCUGACAACGGGUUGGACAGUGAUGACGAGGCUCCCCUAGAGGGGGUCAUCUCCAACGGGAGCAAGCUGGAGGUGGAGGUGGACAUCCACUGCUGUGCUUUCCAGAUCCGUUCUGGGCCAGCUGCGAGCCCCAAGGACCACAACCUGGACAAGACACGCUCAGACUACCCCAAUGGAAAGAUGCGUCGUCAGAACAGCGUGGUGGUGUCAGCCACUAACGGUUGCCUGCUGGCUGUGUGUGGCAGGGAGAUCUCCGACCUGAAGAAGUCCCCCUCCACCUCCAGCCUCUUUGGGAAGAAGCUCUCCAACGGCUCCGUGGUGGCCCCGGAAGAUAGCCACAACCUCAUCGAGGUAGCCGUGGAGGCCCCUAAGAAGAAGUCGGGUUACUUCACUGCCCCUGCCCAGCAGGACCCCGAGGACCAGCUGGUAGUGCCUCCCAGUCUAGAGCAGGAUGUUAGGGAACAGCUGAGGGGCCAGAGUCCUAUGGUCCCUGGACCUCCACCUCCUUUCACACCCCCCUCCAUCAGAGACCCUGUGUGGGACCACCCUCACCCUCCUGCUCCCAUGAUGCCCCAGCGGGACCUCGCCCCCAACCCUGUCCCUGCCCUACAGCAGGAAGUUUAUGAUACUGCCCUCUAGAGGGGGCCAGAGCACAGCGCCACCCUGUGGUAGUCCUGUGACAGUGCCAUACCAGGGGGGCAGAGGAGGUCUCUCUGGCACAGGUGGGAUAUUCCAGUUCAAGUUUCCAUUCAGCUCUGUCAUGAAGAUAUGUGGGGCCUUGACUGUUCACACAUGAAUGCGUUACGUCAUGUUAGACGUAGAGAGGUGCUUAGCUAACUGUCUGAUGAACCUGGUGGAACUGUCUGAGUAUCAGAGCUGAACAGGCACUGAAAUCACCACCCAUGAAAAUAGGUUGUGAAAAGAAGGGGGCCACCGGAGGCCAAAAUACCCCAGCCUGAACUAGAAUACCUCAUGCGUUUUAGACUGCAGAACCUUUUUGCAACAUUUCCCUUUACUUGGAAGGAAGGUUAAGUAAUGAAAUAGUAGAAGAAUUCCUUUGAGUGUGUUAUCAUUCCAUUGCUGGGGGCUGCAGGGGCUCCUAGAUCCCAGGGACAAGUCCUGUGACCAAAAGGUGAAAAAGUGCCUACUGUAGAUCACUCAGCCCCAGAUGUCCCUGCCUCCCUGCCUGUGUGUGUAUGGAGGGGAGGGGGGGGACAUCAGUAUUAACGCUGGAGGAGGACAUCACUGUGUGACAGUGUCCUCCAGGGGCCACCAAUGGUACAGCCACUUGUCUGUCUCUGUCUGUCUCUGUCUGUCUCUGUCUGUCUCUGUCUGUCUCUGUCUGUCUCUGUGUCUGUCUCUGUGUCUGUCUCUGUCUGUCUCU